UGAGCUGUCUGUGGUCAUGUGUCUGAAUCCACUCUGCUGUCUGUGGUCAGGACGAUGUUGUUUUGUGCGAGUCUAAAGUCUGAGCGAGUGACCGCGGCCGUCUGUGCUCAGUGUUGAGGAGUGAAUCACUGAAAGCACCAGUGACCUCUGACCUGAUGCUCUGGGUUUGAUUCUUUGUUGGUUGUUGUGUCACAGUCGAGUGAACUGAAGCAAUAAUCAAACACACUGACCUGCUUAUAUCUGUCCAGACAGUUCGUGUGUGUGUGUGUGUGUGUGGUCUGGUCAGUAUCUUGGACUCUUUAACCUUCCCUGACGUCAGAACUGCAUCAGUGGCAGUAGAAGGGAUUGAUUGACAGCUGUCUCCAGUGCUGAUAUUGAGCUGUGUUGUGUUGGCAGACUCUUCAAUCUGACUCUGAAGAAGCUGGUGAUGCUGAAGGAGCUGGAUAAAGACCUGACGUCUGUGGUCAUCGCUGUCAAACUGCAGGGCUCGAAGCGAAUCCUCCGAUCAAACGAGAUCGUGCUGCCAUCGAGCGGUCAAACCGAAACAGACCUGCAGCUCACGUUCUCCUUACAGUAUCCUCACUUCCUGAAACGAGACGCCAACAAGCUGCAGAUCAUGCUGCAGAGGAGGAAGAGGUACAAGAACAGGACCAUCCUGGGCUACAAGACGCUGGCGCUCGGCCUCAUCAACAUGGCCGAGGUGAUGCAGCACCCCAGCGAAGGCGCUCAGGUCCUGAGUCUGCACAGUCAGCUGAAGGAGGUGUCCGUCCCCGUGGCUGAGAUCCGGGUCUAUUCUCUGUCCAGUCAGCCCAUCGACCGCGAGGGACCCAAAGCCAAGAUGAACGAUCGUUCUCCAGACAUUGAUAACUACUCGGAGGAAGAGGAGGAGAGUUACUCGUCUGAGCAGGAGGGCAGCGACGACCCCGUCCACCAUUAUCUAGAUGAUGAAGAGGACGAGGUGAGGAAGAAGAAACCCAGACGCAAACUCACUUCAAACGCCUCCAUUACCAGACAACCGAACAUCAAGCAGAAGUUUGUGGCUCUGCUGAAGCGGUUUAAGGUGUCUGAUGAGGUGGGUUUCGGGCUGGAGCACGUGUCCCGUGAGCAGAUCCAGGAGGUGGAGGAGGAUCUGGACGAGCUCUAUGACAGUCUGGAGAUGUACAACCCCAGUGACAGCGGGCCGGAGAUGGAGGAGACCGACAGCAUCCUCAGCACUCCCAAACCCAAACUCAGGCCGUUCUUCGAGGGAAUGUCCCAGUCCAGCUCUCAGACGGAGAUCGGCAGCUUGAACAGUAAAGGCAGUCUGAGCCGAGAGCCCUUCAGUCUUGGAGAAUCUGAUAAGGUCAAACCCUCUCGCAGCCGCACGCUGGACGAGCCUCUGUCAGAGACGGACACACUGGAUCUGAACGAUCAGGAGUUGUUCAGUGAAGUAGGGCCGUCUAUAACAGUGUCUGUGGCUGAAAAACCACGAACACCCCUAAAAACCAGCAAGAGCGAGCUUCAGUCCAUGCCAUCGCCCAGGUUGGACGGAGGACACACACCCCAUAAGCGCUGCACUCCUCUAAAAGAGCGCCAGCUCUCCAAACCGCUGAGUGAACGAGCCAACAGCUCCGACAGCGAGAGAUCGCCUGAGCUCGGACACAGCACACAGCUCCUCAGGAAGGCUGUCUAUGAUCAGUUGAAUCAGAUUCUGUUAUCUGAUGCUGCUCUUCCUGAAAGUCUCAUCCUGAUCAAUGGCACAGACUGGCAAGGACAGUACGUGGCGGAGCAGCUUCAGCUUCAGAAGCAUCCUGUGGUUUGCACGUGUUCUGGAGCAGAGAUUCAGGCCGUUCUCUCGGCUCUGCUCACUCGGAUUCAGAAAUUCUGUAACUGUAACUCGUCGAUGCCGCGGCCGGUGAAGGUGGCAGUGGUCGGAGCUCAGAGUUAUCUGGGAGCAGUGCUGCAGUUCUUCGUCACUCAGCUGGCCAACAAGACGUCUGAUUGGCUCAAUCACCUCCGCUUCCUGGUCGUGCCCCUCGGUUCUCAUCCUGUUGCUAAGCACCUGGGUGCCCUUGACAACCGUUACAGCGCAGCCUUCCUAGACGGAGCCUGGAGAGACACAUUCAACAGAUCAGAGCCACCGCAGACAGAUGCGGUGGACGUUGCGGCGCGUGUGUCUCAGUACAUCAGCGGAGCGGCUCUCACACACCAGCUCCCCGUCGCUGAGGCCAUGCUGACCUGCAAACACAGAACGAGAGAUGAGGACUCCUACCAGAAGUUCAUUCCCUUCAUCGGGGUGGUGAAGGUGGGUUUGAUUGAGCCUGGCCAAUCAGCAGCAGGAGACUCUGAAGAGGGCGUGGCUGUGAGUUUAGCCGUCCCCUCCACAUCUCCGCCCUCUCACGCUUCACCCGGCGGGCUGAAGGAGGUGGCCACGCCCCCCUCGUCUCCGUCCAUCGGCGGUGGUCUGGCGGUGCAGGGGAGUCCCAGCAUGCCUCACGGCGGGGACGCCAUCGGGCUGCAGGUGGAUUACUGGCUGGCGUCUCUGGCGGAGAAGCGUCGCGAGGGCGAGAGGAGAGACACCGGCUGUAAGAACACCCUGAAGAGUGCCUUCUGGUCACUGCAGGUCAGCCGUCUGCCAGGAGGAGGAGCCAGCGAGCCGCAGGCGCCACUCAACACGAUGGCCAUGACCGUGGUCACCAAAGAGAAGAACAAGAAAGUUCCCACUAUCUUUCUAGGGAAGAAGCCUAAAGAGCGUGAGAUGGACUCUAAGAGUCAGGUGAUCGAGGGCAUCAGCCGGCUCAUCUGCUCCGCCAAACAGCAGCAGACCAUCCUGAAAGUCACCAUCGACGGAUGCGAGUGGAACGACGUGAAGUUCUUCCAGCUAGCCGCUCAGUGGCCGACUCACGUCAAGUAUCUCCCGGUGGGAUUGUUCGGCUACAGCAAACCGCCCUCCUAGGACCCCCCACUUUCUCAGCUCCGCCCCUUCGACCUGCACCCCAUUGCACACCACCGUCGCCACUUUCACAACCAAUCACAGUUGAGACGGGACUGUCAUGUGACCGUCUCUGGUGGGUGAGCAGGUGGAGUUGAAGACGGCUUCAAUAGACUUUUAUCAGCGCUAGUCACUUUUAUUUAUCAGAGGCCCCAGAGCCACAUAUGGGGGCCAAGCACAAUUUUAAUACACCACCUGCUUAAAUCAUUCUCAACAACCCAUAAUAUGUCCCUUUGUGUAACUGAUAUUGCGAAAUUAGCAGAUUUCUCACCUGUAGUAAGAAGGCGGAGUUAAAUGCCAAUUUUUACAUUGGAGGCGGGGCUACAAGGUGCCCAUCGGCCAAUUGAGGAGUUUUUAGAUCUUUUGCAUAGUUUGUUUUAUCCUUUCAGUUGGCCACAUCUGGAAAUGCGUUGUUGAACUCCAUCCUGCAUGUCUUAAACUACAUUACCCAUGAUGCACUGGGAAAGACAUUGCAUUGCCUCGCGUUCCCCUCGACGCACGGAAGGUUAUUAGUUCACAUCUCUGUUAACUAGAAUAAACAAUUCCAAUUUAGUUUUAUAUUCGUUUUUAAACACGCAUUUAUGUGUGCGUUAUUGUUUAUUUUUAAAAGUGUCCUUUUAGCUUAAAUAUGUAGCUCAUCUACAGGUUUUAUUUUGUUUCAUAAAACAUCUCCAAAGAUCUCAGAAUGUAAAAUUACGGGACAGAUUGAGUCAGUCGCCUUUAACAUUACGGGCAACGGCGAACUCGAUUUAUAAAAGAAAUACGUCGUAUGGAUCAGCACAAGAACUGAGAUAAAGCCUACACGAGGUUGGAUGUGAAAAUGUCACAGAUUAACCCAGCAGAAUUGGGGAAGAUGUAGUUUUAUUGCUUUGCAGCUGUAAACGGGUUUGGGGAGAACAUCAAUGGUUUCAUCUUCAUCAGUUGUCGAAUGCUAUGCACUUAAACUCGCCUUCAUUUCUUCAUAUCUUCGUCCAAAGCACAAGAAGAAACGACCAGCUCCUCAUACAGAAUGCCCAAUUAAAACACGAUUCACAAACACUACCUUUACACACUGCAAACACAUGAUUGUCUUAUUUUAUUUUAUUCUUAUUUUGUUUUUGUCUUUUCAAGUACAAAUAUCUAAGCAAUCUUAAAUCAAGAUACAUUUACUUAAAUGACUUAAGAUGUACUUAAUUUUGAUCAUUCCUCAAAAAACUGAGCUAAAUAUCUUAAAACAUUAUCAUAAAUCUUGAUUUAAGAAGGUUUAGCUAUUUGAAAAUACUAUGAAAUGCAAAAUAGGACAAAAUUGCUGCGAGAAUCAUUUUUUUGCAGUGCAGCUGUGAACAAAACGUCUGAACUGAUCUGAGAUCAGUCAAUCUUGAGCUACAACAUCCCUUUAUUUUCUAGCUGGAGCUUGUUACAUUACUGCUGAUGGCAGCUUUCACAGAAGUAGCGUGCUUUUAUUUCGUCUAGACGUUUUGUGAGAUAUUCUUGAGUGGUAGGUAAUGCAACUAACAAAAUGUCACUGAAAUGUUUUACAAUAAUAACAAAACACGACAAAAAAAGCUAUGUGUGAAAUGGUGUUGUGCCACAGUGAGAGUGAAGCCAGUGUGUGUGUGUGUGUGUGUUGUGGACAGUAGUGCUCACUGGUUUAAUUAAUCUGUGGUGAUAACUGUACGUUCUUCACAGAACAAGAUUCGGCAUCUUUCUACCCCGCCGACUUAUAUCCAUCGCAGCUUUAAAUGCUGAUAAAUUAUUAAUUAAUAUACAAUGAUUGUUACAUGAUUAACUUGUUGAACUCCUAUUAAUUUACUUUCAAACCAAAAGAGUGAAUCUCACAAAAACCUGUUAAGAAAACGUCAUAUUUCACAACAAAAUCAAAAGAAAAAUAAGAUUUACUUAAAGAAAAUUCAGCCUAAUUUAGGAACAUUUAGGAUUUUGCUUUGUGACGUGAUUUGGUAUGAUUUUAUUACAGUAAUGUUGCAAAAAUUAUAAUUGCAUACAUCAUUUGUUGUAAUUAUGUUCAUUUAGGCUGAUUUCUAAAACAGAUAUUUGCAUUAACAAUCAUUGUAAUAUAAUGAUUAUUUUGUUUGUUGAGCUGGAUGUGAGAUUCACCCAAAAUCUUUCUGUUUUCUGGAAUGAAGGUGUCAGUUUUUCUGUGGUUAAAAGUAUUAAGAACAACAAAGUAUUAAAGUCAUGAUGGGUCAAUUCGAUUUGUAUUCUUACAGAGAAUAUUUAUCAAUAGUUUUGAAGUGUGAGUGUCUUUCUUUUGUGUACAUCAAAAGAAAUUUUGUGCAUUUUGCAUUUUUUGCCCGUAUUCUUAAAAAAACAGUGAAAACAUAAUUUCUUCAAGUUAAUGUUCGCUAUCAAUACUGCACUAUUAUACAAAUAUCCACACAUUAAUAAUGUGUCUAUAGCAGAUAAGUUCUUAAUAUGUUUUUAUAAAGCUGUUUGAAUUGCAUUUUUUUGCAUUUUAUGAAUAUCUUUGCGAUUUAAAUCCUGUAAGGCUCAUAGAAAGAUGCAUACUCUGGCUGUCAUGAAAAGCUGCAAGUUAUGUCAGAAAAGCUUUUAAUAUUUCAGUCAGCUAUUGUGUCUACAGGGUCCUGUCAAGGCUUUGAUCAUUCCUCACCGGAUCUGAAAAUCAUUCAUGAUUUAGAGGGUCGGCAUGUUCACCAAAGCUUAGAAACCUUCUACAGAUGCUGAGCAUAAAAAGAGAAAAACCCACGCUGAAUAUUAUUUCUAACUAGUUAAAAUGUCUGUACUGUUGUUAAACUUGCUGUCCGUGUUUUAAGCUUGCAUGAGCAAACGCGCAAAAACUUGCAGCAACCUUCAAACAAGAGUUUGGAGUUAAAAAAAUACAAAAUAAUGGCAACUAUUUUGGCGUCCAGGUUCAAAUUUUAUAUGGAUAUAUGGAAAAAAUGGUCACUGCCAAAGAGUGUCAUCUGUUACAUUUUUUUGUUUGUUUGUGUUUUUUGUAUGUAUGGAAAAUGAUUUUCAGUAUUUAUGGAGCGGUGUUACCGAAGUACCGAAUUUUCCAAUCAAUUAAUUUCAGUAUGAAAAGAAAGUUUCCAAUUUCCAUUCCUUCACUCGAACAUGUACUGUCUCUUUAUGCGUGUGCUGUUUGGAGUCUGGUCUUCGUACCUCUGUAUGUACCUGUGUUGAUUGUCAUGUGAAAGUUUGACAACAUAAAGCGGAUUGGUUCGAAUUUCUGAUUGGUCGACUAAUUAUCCCAACGGCCAAUCAGAUUGGCGCUCAUCUGCUUCAAAUACUUUUUGUCAAUGUAAUCUGUUGGAGAGAUAAAAUGCCUGAAUUCCAAGCUUCGGAUUCAAACCUAAAGUUAAUCUACUGUGUAAAGUGAAUCAUUGCGUAGUAUUUAGACGUGGACGAUCAAGAACCGAGCUUGUGGAGGAGAUGAGUAUUUUUGCACAUGCGUUUGUUAUCUUUUAGCAGUCUUCAGCUCUUUGCCUUUUUGCCUUUAGACAAAAAACGCUUGUACAUAUCCAAAGUGCUUGUAAUAUGAAAUCAUGUUCCUUUAUUGUGUGCUAUUUUUUUAUUUGACAUGUUUUUGUAGUAAUGCUUUUUCAUAACUGAGUUGUCAAUCAAUAAAUGUGGUAUGGACAGUGGACGUGUUACUUGUAUUCUUUUUUA